ACAAGGGUCACAGGGGUGAGUGGCACUGGUGGGUUAUAUAAGAGACGGAGGUUCGAGACACACCACUGCUUCAACACCACCACCAGCGAGAUGAGGACUUUCAGCGUCCUCCUGCAGCUCAUGGGCUCCGGUUUCCUGUUGGGCGGCUACUCCCAAGAGAUCACGUCCGAGUACCGCAACGUAACUCAGGUUCUGAGACUCGAUAAUGGCCUGAGUUGGGGUCUGUGGGGAGCGAUGGACUUCUGUGAGAAAGGAAGCUUUGCUCACGCUUUUGAAAUCAAAUUCGACCCGCCAGGCGGAGUCGACAACACAGCUGUCAACGGUGUGAAGCUCUACUGCCGAAACAAAGACCUCUACGACACCGGCUACGUCACUUCUGUCGUAGGCCCCAACGGUGACUGGUUAGGUAUGAGAGUGUGCCACGAGGGCUUCCUGACGGGGCUGAGGGCGGAUGUGAUGGAGCCACAAGGUGUCCUGCACGACGACGUUGCCGUCUAUAACGUGGACAUGAUGUGUGAAGACGGAGAGUACCUAAUUGGCUGGAAUACUUCUUACGUGUUUGAAGAAGAAGAAGAAGUGAGCAGCUGGGAUAGCUGUGACAAAGGUACACACAUCUGCGGACUACAGACACGCUACGAGGACUUCUCAGUGGGCGAUGACACAGGGACCAAUGAUAUUGUCAUGUUCUGUUGCCGGGACUAGGGGCCCCGUUACCUUCUGUUGGUCGGGUGGGUCAGCUAGCGCCCGCCCCGUUAUCUUCUGUUGGUGGGGGUGGGUCAGCUAGCGCGCUCCCCGUUACCUUCUGUUGGUGGGGGUGGGUCAGCUAGCGCCCGCCCCGUUACCUUCUGUUGGUGGGGGUGGGUCAGCUAGCGCCCGCCCCGUUAUCUUCUGUUGGUGGGGGUGGGUCAGCUAGCGCCCGCCCCGUUACCUUCUGUUGGUGGGGGUGGGUCAGCUAGCGCCCGCCCCGUUAUCUUCUGUUGGUGGGGGUGGGUCAGCUAGCGCCCGCCCCGUUAUCUUCUGUUGGUGGGGGUGGGUCAGCUAGCGCGCUCCCCGUUACCUUCUGUUGGUGGUGUGGGUCAGCUAGCGCCCGCCCCGUUACCUUCUGUUGGUGGUGUGGGUCAGCUAGCGCCCCCCGUUACCUUCUGUUGCUGGGGUGGGUCAGCUAGCGCCCGCCCCGUUACCUUCUGUUGGUGGGGUGGGCCUGCUAGCGCCCCCCGUUACCUUCUGUUGGUGGGGUGGGCCUGCUAGCGCCCCCCGUUACCUUCUGUUGGUGGGGUGGGCCUGCUAGCGCCCCCCGUUACCUUCUGUUGGUGGGGUGGGUCUGCUCGCUAUAAUCUUCAUCUUUCUGUUGAUGGAUUCACUAGACAAAUAAAGCUGAUCACAGAUUGAACACUACCUGGAACAUACCUGAAGAGUGUUUCUGGAGUUCUUCUACUCCCCGAGCCCGGCCUGAGGCCAGGCUCGAAUUGUGAUAAGUUGGUCCUACAGGCUGUUGCUCGGAGCGGCCCGCAGGCCCACAUAUCCUCUACAGGCUGGUUGAUCCGGCACUUCUUGCAAGAACUUGUCUAAAUGCCUCUUGAAUAUAUCCACCUUUGUCACAGCAAUAUUUUUGCUGGCGAAAAAUAUUUUUCGUUUGGCGACUACUGGGGCGUUGGUGACCAACAGUGGGUACUACAGGGCACUGCUGAGUACCCAGAUUGACUCAGCAGUGGGUAUGUCAGAACUCUGCUGCUGGGCACCGCUAGAGAAGCAAGCUAGCUGCAGAAAUGUAUUCAUAAUUGUUACAGAAAUUGGAGUACAAAGUUCCUGAUUUAAUAUAUUAUUAAUUUUGAUGUUAUGUUAUUGCAAGAUUUUGUUGUACAGUGAUGCAGUAAAGUUAAUUAUAUUGAAAGGAAUUAUUUAUUAAAAAUUUGGCAAUAUUGUUUUUUGACAUUGGUAUUAUUAUUGGUAUUAUUUUUACUAUUUGUAAUUGAUUGUUAUUGUUUAUUUUAAUAUUAUUUUAACAUUAUUAUUAUUGAGAAAAUCAGUUGGAGCCAUAAAGAGGAUUCGAACCUGCACACUGGGUACUCCCAAGCACACUCCUUAAACCACUAAGCCACGAUAUGCUACAAAAGAUUGCCUUACUUUAGAAGCUGUAUGUGCUGUAUCGCAUAGGCCAAUACAACUUGUGUAAUUUCAUUUAUUCCUGUGUUCCUAUGUAAGGUUAAAUACUGUAAGCUAUGGCCUACAACUACAGUGAAAAAUAUAACAGAUUUAUCAGUUGCAAAGAAUGUUUAUGUUCUCUAUGUUUAUGAAUGUUUAUGUUCUUUAUGUUCUCUAUGUUUAUGUUCUCUAUGUUUAUGAAUGUUUAUGUUCUUUACGUCUCUAUGUUCAUACUUUCGCUGUCUCACCAGACGGGUGACGGACCUCUGUCAAACUUAGCAUUAAGCUAAAAAUUUUUUUUACUUGAUAUGUCUUAUAAACCUUAAAUUACAAUUGUUUUUAACUCUCCAUCAAGUCUGUCAAUCUCUUAGUAAUUAAAAAUAUUCUCGGUAUUCGUGUAACUUAAAUUUAUUAGUUAAUUGAUUACGAAUCAUCACCAAUUUUGCUGUCCAAUUGAGUCAUGGUCCAAGGAGAGGAUUCAUCUAUUGUUUAUGUGUUCAGUACGAAACCUUUAUAUCUUUCUUCGAUCUGGCGCUUUAGUCUGUAUGUAUUCAACAGCUUGGCAACGUGUUACAAACUCGUUCACAACCCAAGGUUAUUAAAACAACCUCGUAGAGUUUCGGAGUUCCUAAACUAUUUAAUAAAUAUAAACUAAAUCUCCAUAAUUGAGAAAAGAUGUAGCUGUUUCGCAAGGGUUGGAAAACUCAAGCCACAGCUGGGGGUGUUUAAACUUUUUUUUCUUCUUCAGUGCUCCAAAAAAGAAUUGUGUUUACAUACGCAUGAAAACGUACAGCCUGUUGAUUUAAAACAAUAGCCCUUCCAGUUGUACCAAAGGUACCAAAAAAAAAAAAAGGUACCAUUCAUCCUCCCAGGCGCUGUACCACCAAAUAACAUUUACUUUACUAUGUAUCAUGCGAUUGGUGUACCAUUUACUGUACCAUGCAAUAUGGUACAUCGAUCACUGUACCAUGCACCAUACAAUAUGGUCUACCAUACACUGUUCUUGUACCAUACAAUCUGGUGUACCGUUUGCUGUACCAUGCCAGUUAAUGUGCCAUUCACUGUAGCCUGCACUAUACUGUGAUUGAGGAAAGAUGUAUAUGUUUCGUAAGUGUAUACUUGAUGACUACUGGCAAGAGUCACCCAGAAUGCGACCAGCUCACCUCCUGGGCUUUUGUGUAAGAUUUUGUAGUCUGUAAUUAUUUGACAAAAGAAAAAGGCUUGAUCUUUUAUUCAGCCAAUUUGUAUUCUACUUCUGUAAUUAUAUUAAACAACUUUG